CCCUCCAUACAUAAUAUAAACAAAUACAGUUGAGAAUAAACACAAGUGAAAAAUACACAGAAGGAGAGAGCAUGGAAGAAAGAAUUACUCGGGCUGCGACUGCCAAGAUAGUGAAAAAAGCUUUUCUUGAAGCUCUAAAAUCAAAUGAUUACAAAACACUGGAAGAUCUUUUGAUACAAAAACAAAUAGAUGUGGAUACAGUGUUUGAAGUGGAAGAUGAGAACCUGAUUUUGGCAUCAUACAAACAAGGCUAUUGGCUGCCUAGUUAUAAGUUAAAAUUAUCUUGGGCAACUGGACUGCAUAUAUCAGCCAUGUAUGGACAUCUGGAGAGUCUCAUGGUACUGUUAGAUCACAAAGCUGCCAUCAACUACAGGCCAAAUGGGAAAGCUGCUAUCCAUGUGGCAUGUGAGGUAGCAAACGUUGAGUGUCUCACGAUCCUUUGUAACCACGGAGCGAAAAUUAACUGCUUUUCACUGAGUGGCCAUGCACCCUUACACUUCUGUGCAACGAAGGCCUCUGUUCCCUGUGCCCAGCUGCUCAUCUGGAGAGGAGCAAAUGUGAACAUCAAAACAAAUAAUCAGGAUAAAGAGACUCCCCUGCACACAGUGGCACGUUUUGGCAUCCCUGAACUGGUGGCAUUUUAUAUGGACCAAGGAGCAGAUGUUGAUGCUGUCAAUAACCACAUGGAAACUCCACUGGCCUGUGCAGUUUACUGGGCCCUUCGGUUUAAAGAGCAGGAGUAUAGUACAGAUCACCACCUAAUCUGUAGGAUGCUGUUAGACUAUAAAGCUGAAGUUAAUUCUCGUGAUGAAGAUUUCAAAUCGCCACUCCACAAGGCUGCCUGGAACUGUGACCAUGUGCUGAUGCACCUGUUGCUCGAGGCUGGGGCUGAAGCAAACCUGAUGGACAUCAACGGCUGUGCCCCCAUACAAUAUGUUCUGAAAGUGACAUCUGUGAGGCCAGCUGCCCAGCCUGAAAUCUGCUACCAACUUUUACUGAAUCAUGGAGCAGCUAGAAUAUAUCCUCCACAGUUCCACAAGGUGCUGCAGGCCUGUCAUUCCCACCCAAAAGCCAUUGAGGUUGUCAUUAAUUCAUACGAACAUGUCAAGUCAACAUCAAAGUGGAGAGCAGCUAUACCUGAUGACGUCUUUGAGCGGCACAGAGAUUUCUAUGAUUCUCUCUUCACCAUGUGCAGUAAUUCACCACGGUCUCUCCUGCAUUUAUCAAGAUGUGCUAUUAGACAAGUAUUGUACAAAAGGUGCCACAAAGGAGUCCCUUCACUUUCCAUUCCACCUCUAUUGAAGAAGUACUUGCUGUUAGAACCAGAAGGAAUAAUUUAUUAAGACUUACCAGAGAAGAUUUGGAGUUCUGAUUGUACCUGAAAUCUCUGGGUCUGAACACAUGUGGAGGAAAUUACCAUCAUAGAGUUUCACUAGGAAAAGUUGAAGUUCUUGGCAAAAUUCUAAUGCAAAGGAUCUGGUUUCAUAAUUAGCCAAUGCAGAACUGCUUUCUCCAUUUUAUACACUGAUCUUUUGUUCAGUUUAGUUUUAAAUUAACUGAACCAAGUGUGACUUCCACCAUUUCACUUUGAUAACUAUUCCAUUAGAUAUCACUGUUGAGUAUUUGUUCCAGAUAUCCAACACUAACUGCCCUUGAUAUUGUUUCAAUUUAAUUUUCUUCAGCCAUCAUCUUGUGAAGAAGAAAACAGGACAGUAUCAGAUAUGUGUCUAAGAGUCAGCUACAUCUUUUCCCAGAAAAAAAAUCAAAGAGCUUUGAAUGAGGCCCAUAGACUGAAUUACUGUAUUUUAAGAGGUUUUCCU